AUGGCGGCCGCCGGCGGCUACACGGACCUACGUGAGAAGCUCAAGUCCAUGACGGCCCGGGACAACUACAAAGCAGGCAGCCGGGAGGCGGCGGCCGCCGCUGCCGCUGCUGUAGCUGCCGCCGCUGCCGCCGCUGCAGCUGCCGAGCCCUACCCGGGGUCUGGGGCCAAGCGCAAGUUCCAGGAAGACUCGGACCCGGAGCGCAGCGACUACGAGGAGCAGCAGCUGCAGCGGGAGGAAGAGGCGCGUAAAGUGAAGAGCGGCAUCCGCCAGAUGCGCCUUUUCAGUCAGGACGAAUGCACCAAGAUCGAAGCCCGCAUCGACGAAGUGGUGUCCCGCGCCGAAAAGGGGUUGUAUAACGAACAUACGGUGGACCGGGCCCCGCUGCGCAACAAGUACUUCUUCGGUGAGGGCUACACGUACGGCGCCCAGCUGCAGAAGCGUGGGCCCGGCCAGGAGCGCCUCUACCCCCCGGGAGACGUAGACGAGAUCCCCGAGUGGGUGCACCAGCUGGUGAUACAGAAGCUGGUGGAGCACCGCGUCAUCCCUGAGGGCUUCGUCAACAGCGCCGUCAUCAACGACUACCAGCCCGGUGGCUGCAUCGUGUCGCACGUGGAUCCCAUCCACAUCUUCGAGCGCCCUAUCGUGUCCGUAUCCUUCUUUAGCGACUCAGCCCUCUGCUUCGGCUGCAAGUUCCAGUUCAAGCCUAUCCGAGUGUCCGAACCAGUGCUUUCCCUGCCAGUGCGCAGGGGGAGCGUGACUGUGCUCAGUGGAUAUGCUGCUGAUGAAAUCACUCACUGCAUACGGCCUCAGGACAUCAAGGAGCGUCGAGCAGUCAUCAUCCUCAGGAAGACGAGGUUAGAUGCACCCCGGUUGGAAACAAAGUCCCUGAGCAGCUCAGUGUUGCCACCCAGCUAUGCCUCUGAUCGCCUGCUGGGAAACAACAGGGACCCUGCUCUGAAACCCAAACGGUCCCACCGCAAGGCAGACCCUGAUGCUGCCCACAGGCCCCGGAUCCUGGAGAUGGACAAGGAAGAAAACCGGCGUUCGGUGCUGCUGCCCACACACCGGCGGAGGGGGAGCUUUAGCUCAGAGAACUACUGGCGCAAGUCCUACGAGUCCACAGAGGACUGCUCAGAGGCGGCUAGCAGCCCUGCUCGGAAGGUGAAGAUGAGGAGGCACUGA